GGCAGAAAUCUAAGCCUCGACUCCAUUCCGAUGGGCCUGCCAAUGUCAGACCCAACCGCCUGGGCCACUGCGAUGAACAAUCUGGGGAUGGCUCCCAUGGGGAUGACAGGACAGCCCCUCCUGCCUGAUUUCGAUCCUGCGCUUGGGAUGAUGACUGGAAUCCCCCCGAUCAACCCCAUGAUGCCAGGCUUGGGGAUAGUCCCACCUCCCAUCCCUCCGGACAUGCCUGCCGUGAAGGAGAUCAUUCACUGCAAAAGCUGCACUCUCUUCCCGCCUAACCCACAUCUUCCCCCACCAGCAACGAGAGAGAGGCCCCCGGGGUGCAAGACGGUGUUCGUCGGAGGGCUGCCGGAAAACGGAACCGAGCAGAUCAUCAUGGAAGUGUUUGAGCAGUGUGGGGAGGUCAUCGCCAUUCGGAAGAGAAAGAAGAACUUCUGUCAUAUCCGCUUUGCUGAGGAGUUCAUGGUGGACAAGGCGCUCUAUCUUUCGGGCUAUCGCAUCAGGCUGGGCUCCAGCACUGACAAGAAGGAUACCGGACGCCUGCACGUGGAUUUUGCUCAGGCUCGGGACGAUCUGUACGAGUGGGAGUGUAAGCAGCGGAUGCUGGCGCGCGAGGAGCGGCAUCGCAGGCGGCUGGAAGAGGAGCGCUUCCGCCCGCCCUCCCCGCCCCCCGUUGUCCAUUACUCGGACCACGAGUGCAGCGUUGUCGCCGAGAAGCUGAAAGAUGACACAAAGUUCUUGGAAGCCAUACAGACCCUGCUGACCUGGAUAGAGCGGGGAGAAGUGAACAGGAGGACCGCCAACAACUUCUACUCCAUGAUCCAGUCUGCCAACAGCCACGUCCGCCGGCUGGUGAAUGAGAAAGCGGCUCACGAGAAAGAGAUGGAAGAAGCUAAGGAGAAAUUCAAGCUUGCUCUCUCCGGGAUUCUGGUUCAGU